UCCUGACGUCAUCAGCGCGCGUCCCGCCUCCGCCUUCGCCUUCUUCCUCUUCGCGGGAGAAGUUGUUGGCGCGAAUGGAUUCCGAACUCCGAUAACGGAUUCGCCAGCCGGCCGGCCUGCACCCCGGCGCCUCGAUUCUGGGGCUGCGAUGGACAUUCGGAAAUUCUUUGGAGUUAAACCAAGUGGAAAGAAACUUGUAAGUGAAACAGUAAAGAAGAAUGAGAAAACAAAGUCUGCUGAAGAAACUUUAAAAGGAAAGAAAGGAAUAAAGGAAAUCAAGGCAAAUAGCUCCCGUAAAGAGGAUGUCUCCAAACAGAAGCAACCAAAUAAGAAAAAGAGGAUCAUCUGUGAUUCAGAUUCAGAAUCAGAGGAGACAAUGCAGGUAAAAAAUGCCAAAAAGCAACCAGAAAAAUUGCCAUUGACUUCUAAACCUGGUAAAAUUUUACGGCAGGAUCCUGUUACAUACAUUUCAGAAACAGAUGAAGAAGAUGACUUUAUGUGUAAGAAGGCAGCCUCUAAAUCAAAAGAGAAUGGAGGAUCUACAAAUAGUUAUCUUGGAGCAUCAAACAUGAAAAAGAAUGAAGAAAACACUAAGACUAAGAAUAAGCCUUUAUCACCAAUAAAACUUACACCCACGUCAGUGCUUGAUUAUUUUGGAACUAGAAGCGUCCAAAGAUCAGAUAAGAAGAUGGUGGCAAGCAAAAGAAAAGAGCCUCCACAAAAUACAGAUGAUUCCGGAUUCAAUGAUGAAGCCAUUGCCAAGCAGUUGCAACUUGAUGAAGAUGCAGAGCUGGAGAGGCAACUACAUGAAGAUGAAGAGUUUGCCAGAACAUUAGCCAUGUUAGAUGAAGAACCCAAGACUAAAAAGGCUCGAACAGACACAGAAGAGGGAGAAACGUUUUCAUCUGUCCAAGGCAAUUUAAGUAAAGCAGAAAAACAUAAAUUUCCUCAUAAAGUAAGAGCAGAACGAUUUUCAGAUGAAAGAAAAAGCUACAGUCCUAAGAAGCAAACUAAAUGUGAAAGUUUAAAAGAAUCUCAGCAACAUUCCAAACCAUCAGCUCACAAAAUAGGAGAAUCCUCUUCUCCAAAAGCCAGUUCUAAGCUGGCACUUAUGAAAAAAAAAGAGAGCUCUUAUAAAGAAACAGAGCCUGCAACCUCAAAAAGAAAAGAAAAUGCCAUUGAAUUGAAAGGAGAGACAAAAACUCCAAAGAAGACCAAAAGUUCUCCAGCUAAAAAAGAGUCUGUAAGUCCUGAAGAUUCUGAAAAGAAACGCAGUAAUUAUCAAGCUUAUCGAAGCUACUUAAAUCGAGAAGGUCCCAAAGCUCUGGGCUCCAAAGAAAUACCCAAGGGAGCUGAAAAUUGCCUGGAAGGCCUCAUAUUUGUAAUCACAGGAGUGUUGGAGUCCAUUGAGCGAGAUGAAGCCAAGUCUCUAAUUGAACGUUAUGGGGGAAAAGUAACAGGAAAUGUCAGCAAGAAAACAAACUACCUUGUCAUGGGCCGUGAUAGUGGACAGUCCAAGAGUGAUAAGGCAGCAGCCUUGGGGACAAAAAUUAUUGAUGAAGAUGGGCUAUUGAAUCUGAUUCGAACUAUGCCAGCCAAGAAGUCCAAGUAUGAAAUAGCAGUUGAAGCUGAGAUGAAGAAAGAAAAGUCCAAAUUGGAGAAAACACCUAAAAAAAAUGAACAAGGAAAAAGAAAAAUUAGUCCAACUAAAAAGGAAUCAGAAUCUAAAAAGAGCAAGCUGACGCCCAAAAGGGACAGUUCCGUAAAGUCAGUACAAAAGGAAACGAGUGUGUUCAGGAGGGGCCUGGACUUUGAGGAGCAGGUGGCUGAGGAGGUUAAUGGUGACAGCAAGGCCAGGAAUUUGGCUGAUGGCCGCAGUGAAAACAAAGUGGAAAAUUUGCUCUGGGUGGAUAAAUAUAAGCCAACCUCACUUAAGACCAUUAUUGGGCAACAAGGAGACCAGAGCUGUGCCAACAAACUCCUACGCUGGCUCCGAAACUGGCAUGAGAGUUCUUCAGAAGAUAAAAAACACGCAGCAAAGUUUGGUAAAUUUGCCGGCAAAGAUGAUGGCUCUAGUUUUAAAGCAGCGUUACUCUCAGGCCCUCCAGGUGUUGGCAAAACCACCACAGCUUCUCUGGUGUGUCAGGAAUUGGGGUACACCUAUGUGGAACUGAAUGCAAGUGAUACUCGGAGUAAGAACAGUUUGAAGGCAGUUGUUGCUGAAUCGCUGGAUAAUACCAGCAUCAAAGGCUUUUAUUCAAGCGGAGCAGCGUGUUCAGGAAGUGCCAGGCACGCCCUCAUCAUGGAUGAGGUGGAUGGCAUGGCAGGCAACGAGGACAGGGGAGGAAUUCAGGAAUUAAUUGGCCUGAUAAAACAUACCAAAAUUCCCAUUAUUUGUAUGUGCAAUGAUAGAAAUCAUCCCAAGAUUCGCUCUUUGGUUCAUUAUUGUUUUGAUCUUCGUUUUCAAAGACCUCGGGUUGAACAGAUUAAGGGUGCUAUGAUGUCUAUUGCAUUUAAAGAGGGCUUGAAGAUCCCCCCUCCAGCUAUGAAUGAAAUAAUUUUGGGAGCCAAUCAAGAUAUCAGACAGGUUUUACACAAUCUCAGUAUGUGGUGUGCAGGAAAUAAAGCAUUAACCUAUGACCAGGCCAAGGCUGAUUCUCAUAGGGCCAAAAAGGAUAUCAAACUGGGCCCGUUUGAUGUUGCCCGGAGAGUGUUUGCAGCUGGAGAGGAGACUGCUCAUAUGUCGCUUAUGGACAAGUCAGAUCUCUUUUUUCAUGAUUACUCAAUAGCACCCCUCUUUGUGCAGGAGAACUACCUACAUGUGAAGCCCGUGGCUGCAGGGGGUGACGUGAAAAAGCACUUGAUGCUCUUAAGCCGAGCAGCAGAUAGCAUAUGUGAUGGUGACUUAGUGGACAGUCAGAUCCGGAGUAAGCAAAACUGGAGUCUUCUGCCCACACAGGCCAUUUAUGCCAGCGUUCUUCCUGGAGAGUUGAUGAGGGGGUACAUGACCCAGUUCCCCACCUUCCCGAGCUGGCUGGGGAAGCACUCGUCUACAGGCAAACAUGACCGUAUUGUUCAGGACCUGGCAUUGCAUAUGAGUCUCAGAACUUGCUCCAGCAAAAGGACUGUGAACAUGGAUUAUUUGUCACACAUGAGGGACGCACUUGUACAGCCCUUGACCUCACAGGGGGUAGAAGGAGUCCAGGAAGUCGUCGCACUCAUGGACUCGUAUUAUUUGAUGAAAGAAGACUUUGAGAAUAUCAUGGAAAUUAGCAGCUGGGGAGGCAAACCUAGUCCCUUUUCCAAGCUGGAUCCCAAGGUGAAAGCAGCCUUGACAAGAGCUUAUAAUAAGGAGGCCCACCUUGCUCCGUAUUCACUUCAGGCAGUGAAGGCAUCUAGACACAGCACAGGCCCAUCACUGGAUUCUGAAUACAACGAAGAGUUAAAUGAGGAUGACUCUCAGUCUGAUGAGAAAGACCAAGAUGCUAUAGAAAGUGAUGCCAUGAUCAAGAAAAAGACAAAAUCUUCAAAGGCUUCAAAACCAGAAAAAGAUAAGGAGUCCAGAAAAGGAAAAGGAAAAAGUUCGAAGAAAUGAAACUGUUUUUCACUACCGAUAGCCACUUUUUACUCACCCUCCUGACCGGUCCAGCUGGUUUAAAGAAAGCCUUGUUUUUCCCAGAGCAACCGUGUUUUAGCCCAAUGGUAAGGCCUGGCGGUCCCAUCGCAAUCAGGGGCGGCACGGCUAGAAGGACGUGACCAGCAAGGGACUGCUCGGGUCCUCGCCGUCCUGUCGGCCCGGUCCGAUGCUGCGCUUCAGGAGGACUGUGUGGGCUUUGGAGUCAGAUUUUAGUGAACAAAAUAAGCCUGGGAGCAGUGGCACUAAGGUGUCUUUUGUAGGCUUAAGAAUUUAUCCUAGUGGCCUUUAUAGAACCAAUGCUGAUUUUUUUAAAAAAGGUAGUGCCUAUUAUGUGGUGAAAUUUUGUAAAUAAAUAAUAAUACAAAACCAUCACCACCUAGAACUGGGUAUUCUUUGUACAUUGUCAAAUAUCUCACAAAGUAUAAAUUAGAGAUAAAAAUGCUCCACAUGAUACAUGUACAAAUUCUCAAGAUUUUCAUCUUGCACAGCUAAAUAUUGUGUUGGUAUAUUACUUUCCUUAUUAAUUUGCAAAUGAUUGGAUUAAAAAGCAUACUAUAUUCCUUACUAACCAGCUGUGUGAAACAUAACGUUGGCAGUGGGAGAGUCAGAACUCUAGUUCCCGCUCCACCCUCUCCGCGCACGACCACGUCUGCCGUGAGGAGGCUUCAUGGAGGGCCCAGCGUGGGGACUGCAGGAUUGCCAGACCUUCUCACCCUGGAACCUUAACCCAUCAGGGUCAAACCAGGAGGGCCCAGGCUGGGUUAGAUCCUCGGGCUCACUCUGUCGAGGACAAAACUAACACUGGCUUUUUUGUUUCCUUUGUCCCUGGGAGGUCUGGUCCUGUGGUUGAUUCCACAAACCCACUGGAACUUGAGAUUGUUGCUGUUACUCUGCCUGUUAGUGGCGCUGAGGCUGUGGAUCUAGCCUGGAAUUUAGGUGUCGGCUAUUUUGUAGUCUUGUCAGUAAAUGCUCAGAGGUAUGUGCUGCUUCUGUGAGGUAUAUGCUAAAAGGAAUGUAAAUACGGGUAGUAUUCCCUGCCUUUAAGGAACUGAUAGUCUUGUUUAGGAGAUGAGAUCUAAAGUUCUUGACACAUUUAAAGUGUAUUUACCAGUGUGAAAAAUGCCCAUGAAAAUAAAACAUUGCCUUAAGCCUCA